AUUAUCCAAACAUGUUCACCAGCCUCCUGGCACCAGAACCAAGCUUUUUUAUUCCUUUUUAUUUCUUCGUUAUUAUUACACCAUCCAAAUUCCACAGAAGCCAUGGUCAUAUACCUGUCUCCUUCUCCUCCUUCACAUUCUUCCACUUCCAUACUCAGAUUCUCAAACUCAAGGACACCCAUUUCGGAUUCUUCCUUGAAGCCCAAACCCCAUUUCUCAAUACCACUUUUUUCUCACUCUUUUGGCUCCAAUUUUUCAACUUUAACAUUCAAGAAGCAGUUAUUGAAUCACAAUAAUAGUAGUGGCCGGUUCACACAUGGAAACAGGGUUGAUUUCAGGACUUUGGCUAUUCCUGGGUUUGACUAUGGAAACUUUGAAGGUCCUCAAUCUGUUCUUGAAGCUGCUGCUGUUCUAACAGCAAUCAUUGUUGUUCAUGAAAGUGGCCAUUUCCUUGCUGCUUCACUUCAAGGUAUCCAUGUGAGUAAAUUCGCUGUUGGGUUUGGUCCAAUUCUAGCUAAGUUCAAUUCAAAGAAUGUUGAGUAUUCUAUUAGAGCUUUCCCUCUAGGUGGAUUUGUUGGGUUCCCUGAUAAUGAUCCUGAAAGUGAUAUCCCUGUUGAUGAUGAGAAUUUGCUUAAGAACAGGCCAAUUUUGGAUAGGGUUCUUGUUGUUUCAGCGGGUGUUAUUGCCAACAUAGUGUUUGCAAUUGCUAUAAUCUUUGUUCAAGUUCUCACUGUUGGUUUGCCUGUUCAAGAGGUUUUCCCUGGUGUUAUGGUUCCUGAUGUGAAACCCUUUUCAGCUGCUUCUAGAGAUGGAUUGCUUCCUGGUGAUUUGAUUCUUCAGGUUAAUGGUAGUGAGUUUCCAAAACCGGGUCCUAGUUCUGUUACUAAGGUUGUUGAUGUUAUCAAGAAGAACCCCAAGAGAUAUGUUUUGCUUAAGGUUAAGAGGGGGAUGCAGGACUUUGAAAUUAGGGUCACCCCAGAUGAGAAUUUUGAUGGGACUGGUAAAAUUGGUGUUCAGUUAUCACCAAAUGUGAAGAUUGAAAAAGUUAGGCCAAAGAAUCUUGUGGAAGCUUUGAACUUUACUGGGAAAGAAUUUUGGGGUCUUUCUUCUAAUGUUUUAGAUGGAUUGAAGCAGACAUUCUUGAACUUUUCACAGUCUGCUGGUAAGGUUUCAGGUCCUGUGGCGAUUAUUGCUGUCGGCGCUGAAGUUGCGAGGUCAAACAUUGAUGGUCUUUACCAAUUUGCUGCCAUACUCAACAUUAACCUUGCUGUUAUUAACCUCCUUCCCUUGCCUGCUUUGGAUGGGGGUUCGUUGGCAUUGAUCUUUAUCGAGGCGGCCAGGGGUGGGAGGAAGCUACCUUUGGAAGUGGAACAACGGAUAAUGUCGUCCGGAAUCAUGUUUGUUAUACUUCUGGGGUUAUUCCUCAUUGUUCGCGAUACCUUAAACCUUGAUAUUAUCAAAGAUAUCUUGUAAUUACUUGUGGACCUUCAAAAAGUCAUUUCAUGAUUUUCUUUGGCACAUGCCGUUGGACCAGGUUUGAAGCUAGUGAUGUAUCCAUAUAGUGGAAGAUUAGAUCAUUGUAAAUGAUUUGAGGUAAGUUUAUUCCACCAAAGAUGUUAUUUGAGAGUGGGAUCUCUUUGUCACUAAUUCAUUGAGGAUUGUAUUUGUGAUCCUGGAAUAUAAACUUACAAGUUACAGAUA